AUGAGUCAAUUUAUAACAAUACAAGAAGUUGGUCAAUGUGGUAAUCAAAUAGGAUCAGCUUUCUGGCCUUUGACAUUACACGAAUAUGGUAUACAAAUGAGAAAUGGAUUAGCAGAUCUUCUCAAGAUACAACGAGAUUAUAUUAAAAAUAUUGACGCAUUGUGGGAUGGAUUUAAUAGUUUUUUUCAUGUACCUGGAAAUACAGAUAAUUUGUGUUUUAAAACAGUAGCUGAUUUGAACGCAGCUAAAAUCAGAGCUAGGGCUGUUUUAAUAGACAUGGAAGAUAGCGUUGUUGGACGAUUUCAACAUGGACCGUUGCGUGAAUUAUUUAACAAAACUUGUACGGUAACUAAUUAUCCUGGCUCUGCGAACAAUUGGGCUACAGGAUAUUAUACUCAUGGUACAGAAUAUCAUGAUCGAAUUGAAGAUGUUAUAAGACAAUCUGUUGAAAUGUGUGAUUGUCUAGGUGGAUUUUUUCUUUUACAUUCUGUUGGCGGUGGAACUGGUUCCGGUUUAGGAACAGCAACUUUAACUAUGUUGAAUGAUAAUUAUCCUCAUAUAGAUAGACAUGUAUCUUCGAUAUAUCCUACAGGUAUGGAAGAUGUUAUUACAGCUCCCUACAAUACAUUAUUAGCGACAAAAGAAUUGAUAGAACACGCUACUUGUGUAUUUCCAGCAGAAAAUGAAGCACUCUUAAAAAUCUGUGAAACUCAAAUAAGGAAUAAAGAUAAUGUGGAUCAGGCUAAUUUUAAUGCUUUGUGUUUACCAUUUCAAGAUAUGAAUAGUAUUAUUGUUAAUAUGCUUCUUCAUUUGACUAGUGGCUCCAGAUUUCCUGGUAAUUUAAAUAUAGAUGUAAGUGAUUUAUCUACAAAUCUUGUUCCAUAUAAAAGAAUGCACUAUAUACUAAGUAGUGUUAGACCGGUAGCUUUAACAGCACCUAAACUUCUUGUUACAAAUACUUCGAAGGUUCAAGAUAUACUGUUUACUAACGCAUGGUCUCGGACUAAUCAGUUGACUAAAAUGCAUCCACUACAGCCAGGAUCUGUCAUAUUGAGUGGUGCAUUUAUUGGAAGAGGCCAAUUUUCUGUAACUGGCAUAAAGCGAAAUAUUGAAAGGCUCCAAAGUAAAGCUAAAUUUACGUCAUGGAGUAAAAAUUCAAUGAAAAUAGGUUUAUGUUCUGUUCCACCACCUGGUCAUGCAACAUCUUUAUUAUGCUUGUUUAACACUUCGGCUAUUUCUUCAAUGUUUACGAAUUUAAUCGAACAGUUUACCAAAUUAUAUAAACGAAAGGCACACGUUCAUCAUUAUACUCAAGUGUCUGGAUUUGAAGAUUCUCAAUUUUUAGAAAGCAAAGAAAUGAUCUCUAAUUUAUGUGAACAUUACAUGGAGCUUCAAAAUCAAAAACAAAGACAUAUUUCACGGUUGCUUACUAUUUGAAAAUUUAUAUUAAGAAACGAACGAUUGGGAUAUAUAACCAAGAAUUGUGUAUUAUAAUAGUAAGUUAAUUUAUUAAUUUAAUCAUAUAGUAUUAUAACACAUAAAAUAAUUUUUAAUA